CAGAACCAAAUUCUGAACCAUCCAGAUUCUUCCUACAGCAAAAAUUUUCCCCUCUUCUCUCAUUUUGCUUCCUUUACCAUAACCGCGCUCCUAUCUCCAUUUUCCUAUACGUUUCUAUCGUUUCAAAGCUUCUUAGCUGGGUGUUUUAUUCUAAAUAAAAAACACUUGAAAAAAGCUUUGUCUCAAUCGUUUUCCAUUGACCGGCCCUUGAAAUCCCUUUUACGAAAUAUCCUACCGCUUUUUCCAUCAGUCCAUACAUUGACCAAACGCUGGUAACUACUUUAAGUUUUUACACAUAUACGGUUUUUGCAAUUGCAUUUUUCCUAAUCAAAAACGCAUAUGUGUCCUAUCCAACUUACCAAUUCUGUACCUGUAUCAUCUAUGGCAUAUAACCAUUUUGCAAUUCCAAAGUCAAUUGAAGAAAAAGAAAAUUCAUUUUUCGACGUGACUUUCCAAGACGAACCUGAAGACGCAUCUGCCCCCGCCGUUACAGCUUCUUUAUCCAAAGUACCUCCUACUUUUGCAAGUGCUUCUUCUUUAGCUACUUCAUCCACAUCAACUCCUCUUUCUACUAUUCAGAACGGUGUAACUCCCGGAUUACAACAAGCCACCCAAAACAUGCAGCAAUCACAACCAAUGUCCGCUUCUCAGCAAGAGCUCUCUAUGGCAGCCACCACAUCUUCCGCUAGUAGUGCUAAGCCUGCUAUGGAUGAUGCAAGUUAUGCUAACCAACAGCUCACUUUACGUGCGCUGUUGUCUACUCGUGAGGCUGGUAUAGUCAUCGGUAAAGCGGGUAAAAAUGUUGCAGAGCUUCGUACCUCUACCAAUGUUAAAGCUGGCGUCACCAAGGCUGUUCCUAAUGUCCAUGACCGUGUUCUUACUGUAAGUGGAAGCUUAGAAAAUGUUGUUCGCGCUUAUAGGUUUAUCAUCGAUAUCUUUGCGCGCAACAGUACAAACGCUGAUGGUACCCCCAUUGAACCUGCUGCUCCCAGAAAACUUCGUCUCCUUAUUGCUCAUUCCCUUAUGGGUAGUAUCAUCGGCAAGAACGGCUUGCGUAUUAAGCACAUCCAAGACAAAUGCAACUGUCGAAUGAUUGCUUCCAAAGAUAUGCUUCCUCAGUCUACCGAGCGUACUGUCGAGGUCCACGGGACUGUCGAAAACCUUCACGCAGCCAUCUGGGAGAUUGGAAAAUGUUUGAUUGAUGACUGGGAGCGAGGUGCUGGUACCGUUUUUUACAACCCCGUUUCUCGUAUUACCCAGCCUCUUCCAUCCCUUGCCCAGGGCACUCCUCCUCCCCAACCCGUCAUUACUGCUUCCCCUCCCGUUGCCAAUGAAGGCUCCCAAGAAAACUUUGUUUCAUAUGGCGCUCCAGUUUUCCCCGCUCCUCAAUUGCCCUUCUUGCAACAACCUAAGGUCACACAAAACAUCAGUAUUCCUGCUGAUAUGGUCGGCUGUAUAAUUGGUCGAGGAGGCUCGAAAAUUUCUGAAAUCCGUCGUACUAGCGGCAGCAAGAUCUCUAUUGCCAAAGAGCCUCAUGACGAAACUGGUGAAAGGAUGUUUACGAUUACUGGUACCCAUGAGGAAAAUGAGAAAGCUCUUUUCUUACUUUACCAACAGCUUGAACUUGAGAAGGAUCGUCGCUCUCAUUAAUGGGUAUUCUACUCAAUACUUUCAUUCAUAAUUGAUAAUGGUAUAUCUGAAUAUAAAUUUUUGGUUCGGUCUUUAUGUUCUUGUUUUAUGUAAGUUUGCACCCAUAUUGAUUUCUAUACGUCCUCGUUUUGUUGAUUAAAUGUUCAAUGCAUUGCUUAUCGUUUUUACCAAUAAAAAUAGGGUUAUAUUACUUACCGGUUUCGUUUCUGUUAGCUGUUUACUUCGUUUUCUUUUUUUUUUUGCCUUGUUAUUUUCAGAGUGCUGUGUAUUGUUUCAAAAAUAAUACACCAUGGCUUUUGUAUGUUCAAUUUUGUUCUUGUCAUGAUCAACAUUAUUUUAUCCUCGCAAAGCAAUGUUGUGCUUACAGACAAUGCAUGUGACUCUGCGGAAUGGAUAUGGCCACUAUGGGAGUUGUCCCUUGUCUUAACAAUGAUCGUCCUCUCUAUUUCUAUACCACAGGUGUGCUAUGUCACAAUUGUUUCUUACUAUCCCCUUAAUCAAUAUGUUCGGUAUUAGCAAAAUAUUCUAUCCUUAAAUUCUCGUAUCCACAGUUUCCUUGCCGCUUCUUGUUGUUUUCCUUUUUAUCUAGUAAUACAAUAGUUUCUUUCCCCUUUUUUGCCGUCGCCAAAUUGCUUGUUGUUUCAUAGGUAUCUUCUGUCAUUUCGUUUAGAUAAAUAAG